CUGUCGUGGGAGCCUGCUGAGGUGAGCGCAGCUGACCUGGCGACCUCGGGCCGGCGCCUGACAGCAGACACGGACUCCGAGGGUCGCCGAGGGCCCCGCCGAGAGCCGGAGGCAAUGGAUGAGCAGAGUGUGGAGAGCAUUGCUGAGGUUUUCCGAUGCUUCAUUUGUAUGGAGAAAUUGCGGGAUGCCCGACUGUGUCCUCACUGCUCCAAGCUCUGUUGUUUCAGCUGUAUUAGGCGCUGGCUGACAGAGCAGAGAGCUCAGUGUCCUCAUUGUCGUGCUCCACUCCAGCUACGGGAACUUGUAAAUUGUCGCUGGGCGGAAGAGGUGACACAGCAGCUGGAUACUCUCCAGCUGUGUAGUCUCACCAAACAUGAAGAAAAUGAGAAAGACAAAUGUGAAAAUCACCAUGAAAAACUUAGUGUGUUUUGCUGGACUUGUAAGAAGUGUAUCUGCCAUCAGUGUGCACUUUGGGGAGGAAUGCAUGGUGGACACACGUUUAAACCUUUGGCAGAAAUCUAUGAACAGCAUGUCACUAAAGUGAACGAAGAGGUAGCCAAACUUCGUCGACGUCUCAUGGAACUGAUCAGCUUAGUUCAAGAAGUGGAAAGAAAUGUAGAAGCGGUGAGAAAUGCGAAGGACGAACGUGUUCGGGAAAUCAGGAACGCGGUGGAGAUGAUGAUUGCACGGCUGGACACACAGCUGAAGAACAAGCUCAUAACCCUCAUGGGUCAGAAGACGUCUCUUACUCAAGAAACAGAGCUGUUGGAAUCUUUACUUCAGGAGGUAGAACAUCAGUUGCGGUCUUGCAGUAAGAGUGAGCUGAUCUCCAAGAGCGCAGAGAUCCUAAUGAUGUUCCAGCAAGUUCACCGAAAGCCCAUGGCUUCCUUUGUUACCACACCUGUCCCACCAGACUUUACCAGUGAAUUGGUACCAUCUUAUGAUUCAGCUACUUUUGUUUUAGAGAACUUCAGCACUUUGCGGCAGAGAGCAGAUCCGGUUUACAGCCCGCCUCUUCAAGUUUCAGGACUUUGCUGGAGGUUAAAAGUUUACCCAGAUGGAAAUGGAGUUGUACGUGGCUAUUAUUUAUCUGUAUUUUUGGAACUAUCGGCUGGCUUACCUGAAACUUCCAAGUAUGAAUAUCGUGUAGAAAUGGUUCAUCAGUCCUGCAACGAUCCUACUAAAAAUAUCAUUCGAGAAUUUGCAUCUGACUUUGAAGUUGGAGAAUGCUGGGGCUACAAUAGAUUUUUCCGUUUGGACUUACUUGCAAAUGAAGGAUACUUGAACCGACAAAAUGAUACAGUGAUUUUAAGGUUUCAGGUGCGCUCACCAACAUUUUUUCAAAAAUGCCGGGAUCAGCACUGGUACAUUACUCAAUUGGAAGCUGCACAGACAGGUUAUAUUCAACAAAUAAACAAUCUUAAAGAGAGAUUGACUAUUGAACUGUCCCGAACUCAGAAAUCCAGAGAUCUGUCACCACCAGAUAAUCAUCUUAGCCCCCAAAAUGAUGAUACUCCCGAGACACGAGCUAAGAAAGCUGGGUCAUGCUCUGACAUGCUUCUGGAAGGUGGUCCUACUUCAGCUUCUGUAAGGGAGACCAAGGAAGAUGAAGAUGAGGAGGAGAAGAUUCAGAAUGAAGACUAUCAUCAUGAGCUCUCAGAUGGAGAUCUGGAUCUGGAUCUUGUCGGUGAAGAUGAAGUGAAUCACCUGGACGGCAGCAGCUCUUCUGCUAGUUCUACAGCAACAAGCAACACGGAAGAAAACGAUAUCGAUGAGGAGACCAUGUCUGGAGAGAAUGAUGUAGAAUAUAACAGCAUGGAGCUGGAGGAGGGAGAGCUCAUGGAAGACGCAGCCGCGGCGGGGCCUCCAGGCAGUAGCCACAGCUAUGUGGGUGCCAGUAGCAGAAUGUCAAGAAGAGCACAUUUAUGCUCUGCAGCUACCAGUAGCUUAUUAGACAUUGAUCCUUUAAUCCUAAUACAUUUACUGGAUCUUAAGGACCGGAGCAGUAUGGAAAAUCUGUGGGGUUUACAGCCUCGUCCAUCUGCUUCACUUUUGCAACCCACAGCGUCAUAUUCUCGAAAAGAUAAAGAUCAAAGGAAGCAGCAGGCGAUGUGGCGAGUGCCCUCUGACCUAAAGAUGCUGAAAAGGCUCAAAACACAAAUGGCUGAAGUUCGGUGUAUGAAGACUGAUGUGAAGACUACACUGGCAGAUAUAAAGGGCAGCAGUGUUGCUUCUGCAGACUUGCAGACAAACCUUUUCUGUGCUGACCAGGCAGCUCUGGCUACCUGUGGACCUGAAAACUCUGGUAGAUUGCAGGAUUUGGGCAUGGAGCUUCUGGCAAAGUCGUCAGUUGCUGGCUGUUACAUAAGAAACCCCACAAAUAAGAAGAAUUCACCCAAGUCAGCUCGGGCCAUAGCAGGCAGUCUGUCACUCCGAAGAGCUGUAGACUCUGGAGAAAACAGCCGUUCAAAGGGAGACUGUCAGGCUUUGUCUGAAGGCUCCCCAGGAAGCUCUCAGUCUGGGAGCCGACACAGCUCCCCCCGGGCUCUGACACAUGGCAUCAUUGGGGACCUUCUGCCCAAAAGUGAAGACCGACAGUGCAAAGCUUUGGAUUCUGAUGCUGUGGUGGUUGCAGUUUUCAAUGGUUUACCUACUGUUGAGAAAAGAAGGAAAAUGGUCACUCUGGGGACUAAUGUAAAAGGAGGUCGUCUGGAAGGAAUGCAAUUGGCAGAUUUGGAAAGUCCUUCUGAUGCUGGGGAGGUACAGCCCACACUACCUGAAGGAGCCUCAGCUGCCCCUGAGGAAGGAAUGAGUAGUGACAGCGACAUUGAAUGUGACACUGAGAACGAGGAGCAGGAAGAGCACACCAGCAUGGGUGCCUUCAACGAUCCGUUCCUGGCCCAGCCUCCGGAUGAAGAUUCGCAUUCCAGUUUUCCUGAUGGUGAACAAAUAGACCCUGAAAAUCUCCACUUCAACACCGAUGAAGGCAGUGGAAGCACUGUAGCACGCGACCUAGUUCAGCUGGACCUAGCUCUCGGCCCCCUCUGAGCCUCCCACGUGCCGGGCUGACAGCAUGGACCGUCAUGGCCUUUCAGAUCUCAGUGUGCUCCUACACUUUCCAGCUGAAAACAUUUCUCUCCAACACUACCACUUAUUUCCUAUUUGAAAUUACAUCUUUCAAAGAUUCGUUUUAAAUAUAUGAAUGUUUUUUCUGUGUUUGUAUGUUCACUGCAUGUGUGCCUGAUGCCUGAAGCUCUUAGAAGUGACCAUCAGAUCCCCUGAAACGGGAGUUAACAGAUGGUCAUGAACAUUCAUGUGGGUGACAGGAAUCAGGUCUGAAUCCUCUGCAGAAGACACCAGUGCUCUGUCCUGCUGAGACACGUCUCCAGCCCAUAAUCCCAUUGCUUUUUUCUUUUUUUUUUCCCGGAGCUGGGGACCGAACCCAGGGCCUUGCACUUCCUAGGUAAGCGCUCUACCACUGAGCUAAAUCCCCAGCCCCUCAUUGCUUUUUUCAACCCACUUCUCACACGGGCCCUCUGCAGCCUUGACUACUCAGGCCUCUUUUCCGGGCAUCUGAACUAUUCACUGCUCUGCCACGUCUUCCCUGGCUUGUUCCUUGACUGAAUAGUACAGCAGCUCUGUGCUAGGAGUGUGUCAGGCCAGUUCUGAGUGAAGUAUGUAGCCACCUUACACAUGAAUCCCAGGAGCUGGGUACCAAAACUCUGACUUUAUAAAGGAACAAACCAGUACUAAGGCAUUAUCUUCCCAAGAUCAGUAACCCAGAAAGCGGAAGAGCUAAGAUCCAGACAGAAUUUCUGCCCAGUGUUACCUUAAGUCACUGACAUGCUACUCAUAGCUUGGCAUCUUCACUCAACAUGUAUUUUCUGGGCACUGUUACUCAUGCCUGUGGUUUCAACAUGUGUGGGUGCACACAAGAUAAAUAGUGUUGCCAGAGUGGGAUGAAUUACUACAUCCUUAUCUGAACUGAGAACUUCAGCUCCACUCCAAAUCUCUAUCUCUAAGUGUGUACAAAACCUCCUCCAAGAUGUCCCAUCCGUACCUAGAACUGAAAAUGUGUCCAACCGAACUCGCCCCUACCAACUGCUGCUGCUUUAUUACAAACGCUCCAUCAUCUUCCCACUCACAAGUCAGAAACCUGGAAGUUCAUUUUCCUCUUCCUCACAAACCAUCAUCUGUCUCACUGAUUUAUAGCCUCCUCCGUGUCUCCCGUUUUAGAUGUCCUCGUCUCCAGCUCUGUUCCCAGAAGCCCUCUAAAUGGCCUCCCUUCUCGGCUCUUGUACACUUGCCUCCAUUCUCCAGCUGUAGCUACAAGUGCUUGGAAGACAGACCUGGCUGUGCAUAUCCUCAGCUUACUCGUCUGCUGCCUGCGCGUGCGCGGUCCAGACCCUCACAGGCUGGCAGAAACACUGCUGCUUGACCACUCCACCUUCUGCUCUCACCUCGAGUACUCAUUGCUACUCCAAAAACUAUUUAUAUCCCGGGGUUUCCCUCCCUAAACAUAGUAUGUCACCCUAUCCACUGCAAAGUCAUGUUAUCUGUGAUGUCGACCUUAUUCUGUCUUAGGUGUCACUUCCUGAAAUACUGCUUUGGCUUCGCCUUGUGCUCUAUUUUUAGAAUGAAGGCCAACAUCUACACGUGAAGUUGGCUCUUUGGGGAUACAUCAGUCUCCUGACAAACACUGUCAGAAGGGAGAUGAAGAGGAGGUCUUGACCAGUUCUAGUUGUCAAAAGUAAUUGUAUAUAAGAGUUUUAUUUUAGGCUUGAGAGAUCUCCCCUUUCGAACUUGUUCCAUAGUAACUAAUAGCUCCCUUAGUGUGAAGUAAAACUGCUCCUCACGAAGUCUUUACUCAGUCAGCUCUUUGUCACUUAGCUUCUUAGGCUCAUAGUUGAGGAAACUUACAGUUUGCCAGCGCCUUUUCAAAGAGGAGGAAGGAUUCGAGUCACUGAUGAAAGUAAACCAAAUCUUCAGGUUGUCUAAUUGUGGAAUCUUAGUAAUGAUAAGCUGAUUUAGUCAUUAGAUGUGACCUUCGUGCAUGCCAGCUCUGUCUUUAUUCAGUUGCUUCUUUAGGGAGGAAAAAAUUAUAUCUGCUUAUCUACUCGUGAGGACACACAAAGCUGGCAAUCCCAAGCAGUCAGCCCUAGCUCAUACGCAUGAGCAGCACACUAACUGGACUCAGCAGGCUAUAUUUACACGUGAUGCUGGGAAGAGGAGCUAACCCAUGAAGCCGAGACACAGACAGGCACAGCCCAGUUCCUUGAAGUUAUGCCUACAGCUUUUCACAGCUGCCUGCUGAAGCUGUUUUAUAGUAGCGCUGCCCUUUUAAAAAGCUGGCAUUUUAGGGAGAGCAGUUCUUAGUGCUUGUAAGGGCUGGAGUACACCGGGGUGGGUAGAACGCUUACCUAGCAUGCAUGAACCCUAGCAUGCAUGAAGCCCUAGAUUUGUUUCCCAGUGUGAAUGGGGAGGGAAGGAAAGAGGAAAAAGUAACCUUGAACCCAAGAUUAUCUGACAUGAUAUUUUCUGGGCCAGGUGUAGUACACCUUUAAUACCAGCACUCAGGGGCAAAGUCCAGGUUGGUCUACUUAGACUCUCUCUCAUAAAAACUGUGUGUGUGUGUGUGUGUGUGUGUGUGUGUGUGUGUGUGUGUGUGUGUGUACGUAUACAUACACAUAUAUUCUAAAUAUUUCUGAAAUGUUUAGAAAAUAGUUUUGUACAGUGUGUUUUUAACAACUCUGUUCAUGUCAUUUUAUAAUUCACCAAAAAUAAACUGACAUUUUGAAAGAG